AUGAUUUCGACUAGUGUAAGCUAUUUGGAUUUUAUAGUUGAAUCAUUUAUUCCUGCUGGACGGUUGGCUCAUUCCUCUGUCCUUGUAGAAAGAAAGCUUUAUUUUUUUGGUGGAUUGGAUGAUAGCAUACAUACAUUUAAUCCAAAAACAAGUCAAUGGAAAACGUCUUUAAUUAAAGAAAAAGGACCGGAAAGGUGUAGAAACAUUCACGUCGUUGCUGAUAAUGUUGGAAAAAUUUAUAUUUUCGGUGGAGAAACUGAUGAGAAUUUGGGAUCAGAAAAUAUUCAUCUUAUUAAUGAUAUGAUAAUAUUAAAUAUUAAUAAGGGUUUAAAUUGA